AUGCUGAAAUGUGGAAUUCGUUUUUUCGAAGAUACAGGGAAAGGCAGAAUAAUCAACGGAAGGGCUGUGCUUCCCGUUUAUAAAUAUCCCUGGAUUGUAAGUUCGCUUCUAGAAAGAAAAAUGAAUUCAUGUGGAGGCGCCCUAAUUUCAGCAAAUUUCGUUUUAACUGCAGCACAUUGCUUAUUCAGGAAAGAUUUGACGAAUCAUCCCCUAUGCUUUGCAAGUAGAGUUCAUAGAUCUUGUUUCCACGAUCCAAAAGAUGCCCACUUACACCUUGUGGGAUCCGAUCCUUCUAAAUCCUUAAACGCCCAAAGAAUAAUUGGACACCCUAAAUACAGUUUCCGUUGGGAUAUAAACGACAUUGCCCUUAUUCAGUUAUCAACACCAGUGGAAUGCAGCAAAAAGAUUAUGCCUAUAUGUCUGCCUGAUAGGAAUUUUGAGAAAUUGGAUCAAAAAUUAAUGAUUGCUGGAUCAGGAUAUAACACUCCGGAAGGAACAAGAGGUCGGCAUCUGCUUAGGGAAGGAUUAGUGAAAGUGGUGGAUCCCAAUCUUUGUCGUUUGCAUUAUCAUUCCAAAGACUUUAAUCGCACCAUCAUUUGUAUUGUUGCAGCUGGGCAAGUGCCUUGUCAUGGUGAUUCUGGAUCGGCGAUGUUUGGCUAUUUCGAGAAGCAUUACUAUGCUCUGGGCAUAACAUCUACAGCCAGUACAAAUCUGUGUGAUACGCCGGACACUUUCACUAAAGUUUAUACAUUUUUGGAUUGGAUCAAAUUAUAUGUAGAUCUUCCUAAACCUUCAAAGUGAUAUUGGGAAAACAGCUCUGAUGAUACACUGAUUUCAAAGUAAUCAAUCCUA